AACCCAAACAAACACGCAGAGCGUUUGAUGACGUUGUAGGAAGUGGAUGUAGUUGACGGGAGUGCGGUUGCGUGUAUUUACCGGUAGGCAAUUUAGUUAAACUUUUAUCUGUAUUUUAACAGCAUUCUUGUGUACCUGAUUCACACAUUUGACUGACAUUAAAGACUGACGUUCCUUCAAAAUGAUGGAGCAAGAGGUUUUGAACGGCCACGAUGCCGAAAUCGUGCCAGAUGAAGACCAAAAUGGCGUCGCAAAUGAAGUUUCUGGAACUGCCGGUGCCGAAGGCAUAAAUAGUUCGGACUCAGUGUCUGUUGAACAUAGAAUUAAACGGAAAGCAAAGAGACUUAUAAAGCAACUGAGUAAGGAAGUUGUUACUGUAGGUGCUACCACAGUACAGGGCACAAGGCUUUUGAAGAACAGCCGAAGACCACGGAAUGGAUUCGGGAGGGGACUGCCAAAGAAAGGAGGUGCUGGGGGCAAGGGUGUGUGGGGGAAGUUGGGGUCAGAGCUAGUUGAAGCAGAUGUUGACAUGAAUGACCCUAAUUAUGACAGUGACUCCAUUGAUAAUGGUGACAUCGAACUCAAGACCAUCAUUCCUGAAAUGUCUGAUGAAGACAUCCAGAAAGGAGCCGAGCCGAUCAUUUUGGAAUACUUUGAACAUGGAGACACUGCAGAAGCAGCACUAGCCUUUGAUGAACUUAACUGUGGUACAAAACGGUAUAUGAUUCCAGUAUUAACUGUGGAAAUUGCAAUGGAUCACAAACCGUCCCAUCGUGAAAUGACGUCAGUUCUCAUUUCUGAUCUCUAUGGACGCAUUGUAACUCAAAAGGAUAUUGGUAGAGCCUUUGAGAUGCUUCUGAAGAACCUCCCAGACUUGGUGCUGGACACGCCUGAUGCAGCCAUUGUGCUCGGCAACUUCAUAGCUCGAGCAGUGGCUGAUGACUGUCUUCCACCAAAAUUUGUCCAGAUCUGCAAGGAAAAAGUUGACUGUGACCAUGCCAGACAAGCCCUGUCUCGUGCAGACACACUGCUGUCAAUGAAGCAUGGACUAGUACGACUGGACAAUGUGUGGGGAGUGGGUGGUGGGCUCCGACCUGUCAAGUAUCUCACUCGUCAGAUGACGCUGCUCCUUCAGGAGUACUUGUCUUCAGGUGAUCUUCAGGAAGCAACCAGAUGUCUUUUGGAUUUGGAAGUGCCACACUUUCACCAUGAGCUGGUGUAUGAGGCUGUUGUUAUGACAAUUGAGGCCAUAAAUGGCCAUACCGAGGAAAUGAUGUGUAAAUUGCUCAAGUCUUUGUAUGCUGCCAUCAUAAUAACCCCAGACAUGAUGGAGAGGGGAUUUAUUCGAGUAUAUGAAGACAUGCCCGACAUAUGUUUGGACGUUCCUCUAGCUUAUACAGUGCUUGAGAGAUUUGUGGAGCGCUGCCAGAAGGGAGGUUUCCUCACAGAUGAGGUCAUCAAGAAGAUGCCAUCCAGGGGCCGUAAACGUUUUGUGUCUGAGGGUGAUGGUGGCCGUGUGAAGAAUCACGAUUUUGUGUGAGGGCAGUCCUGAAAGUUCUCUUGUGUCAAACCAAAUGUCAGCAGUCAGGCCUACCAGUAAUGUCAUCUGCCCUUUUUUGAUUGCUCCAGCAUCUGUCUGUUCAACCUACUGGAUGAUCCUAUAAUUGUACAGACAGUGAAUGUGUUCCACGAGUAUUCCUUAUGGCCAUUAUUGUUUCGGCUACUACUGUGACAACAUACAGGUGAAAUAGAUUAUGUAAAUUUUCAUAACUUUGGAAAAGUAAGGAUCUUUAAUUUACACAGUUCAAAUUAAACAUGUUGUCUGUCUUCUAUGGCUAGGAUUUAUUAUAAUUUUCAUGAACCAUUUUUUAAUUUUGUUUGCAUUUACUUCAUGAUAAGUAUAAAAAUGUUUUUGUGUUUACAUACAUAUUCAAGUUCAUGACUCGUUAUGGGUGAAUGAGAGUGUUAUGAGAGGAGUUGUGUAAAUUACAGUUGGUGGGGGAUUAAGAUGUCUGAGCAAAGUUGGUUUUAGAUUCUUCUUCUUCUUCUUCUGUCUUUUGAGAGAAGUGUCACUUUAAAUUUUCCUGAAUCCACUGACCUGUAUGUAACCUUUUCAUUUACUCCCCUCCCAUUCUGUUAUUCAAACUUUUCACUUGGGUUGCCUCUAAAUCUCUGUUCAUACAGUGAUUGCAAAAAUGUGUUUAUAUGUUAGAUAGUACUUAACGAUGAAGUUGAUAAUUGUAUUUGCUACACACAAGCUAUUGUGAAUGUCAUAUUCUAUGUUUUUCAAAACUGACUCUAGCGUGUAUCAAAGAAUACAAGUUUAUAUAUAUAAAAAAUUCAUUUUGGAGAAGGUUAAUUUUUUAAUUGGAAUGUGUGUUCAUAAAUUCUCUCUCUUCGUGCAUUAUCAGAUUAUCUACCAGAAGUUAUAAAGAAAUUGUCUAUGUCAAAUUUUGCUUUUGAAAUGUUUUUUUUAAGUUAUCAAUACCAUGAAACAUGUUACAAGUCCAGGUCCAUUAAAAUUGCACUCUCUUAUAGUUGAAUAUGUGCUGAUAUUGACAAGUGUGCUUUGGGAGCUAUGGUUUGCAGAACAAAAUGAAACUAUUUCUGUGUCAGAAGACACUGAAUGGAUAUAUUUUAUUCAGCAUAUAUUUUCAAACUAGCAGCAUUUAAAAGCCAUUAUCCACCACCAUUAUAAUGAGUAUCUUUUUAGGGUAUGAUUGAAUCUUUUUUGAUAGUUAUAAAUAUAAUAUCCUUCAAACCUAUAAAUAAAGAAGCAUAUUUAGAUGACAGUUAACCAGACCUUAUUGAAAACCCAGGGAUUCUUGCACUUUAUGUAAUUUCAUGGUGGGCAGAUAACAGUAGGUUGAGGAAUUGAGUAUAAGCAAAAUUGUGCCUCUGACUUCACCAGAUUUGUGUGUCUAGUAGAUGGAUUUAAGUGUUGUGAUGAAAGAUCAUUUGGUUAUAAGAUAUGUUUCGGUAUUUCUUUCAUACAGAUAUCAAGAAUAAUGAUUUGUGUACAAGAUGACUGGGAGCUAGCACUGUUUCCAUGUUAUUCCAGGCAUUUCAGAGGUAAAUAGGGUUCGCCCAUAAUGGUUCUUUUCAGGUCGUAACUACUAGUUUUAGACCGCUCUGAUUGUUUUGAUUUGAACAAGCAUUGAGCAUUAAUUUGUCCAGAUUGUGGAAGACCUGUGUUUCUGGAGUCUUCUGGCACAGUAUCUAAGAAAUUCUUAUUUACAUCACCAUAUCACCAAAAUAUUCAUUUUUCAGUUGCAUAUCUGGAUGAUUCUGAAUUCAUUGAGUCAUGUUAAUUCAGUUUAGAACGGGAAGAUCCAUACUUGAAUGUAUGCAUAUGUAAUGAUUGAAGUGAAAAAAAUACUAAAUUUGUUUCAUGUGCACUUGUUCUUAUAGUCUCUAAGAAAACUUUGGUCUUCCCUUUCUUGCACCUCGUCCCAUUAGUAAUGUGUGUUUGCAGCAGAUUUUUUGUGUUACAUCUGUUUAGAGUCUAAUUUUUGUAAUUUGUGUUUUCCAAGUUUUAAUUAUAUGGUGCCACUUAGAAACUUGUAACCUACGCAAGACUGUAAUGAUUUGACCUUCAAGAUGUGAAGAGUUUUGUUAGUUUACAACUUUGAUGUUGCCUGUUGCUCAUACAGCAACUACAUCUGGACAUUUAUUUUUUUUAUUAUUCUCUUGUUUCCCUGUUUCUUUGUUUUUACAUGGUAUGUCUUAUUGUCUUCAGUUAUCUUUAGUUUGAGUUACAAGGGUUUUCUUGUCCAUGGGACCAUGUUUUCUGUGUGGUAUUAUUUUAUGGAGAGAGAAUAUUGAGCACCAAGUUUAUUCUGUGUGCGCGCGCGCACACACAACUGUCACUAUGUAGAUGGACCAAUACAUAGAGAUUUUGAAUUACUCUCAUUCACCAGGUGAUAAAGCAUUAGUAAACUACCGGCACAGCAUGGUAAAAUAAUAAAUUAGUUAUUUUUCACUAUAGGUAGAACUUGCAAAGUUAUCACUGAAUAUAAAGGUAACAUCAAAUGUAUUCUUUGCUCAGGGCUUGAGUGUAAUUAUUCAAGGAUGAGAGAACAGGCCAUGAUAAUGGUAGUAUUGGUACCAUAUAGGGAGUCAGCCGGGAUACAUGAAAUACUGUAAGCAGGUAAAUAUAAAAAAUGUCAGUUUCCCCAGAGUAAAUACAGUCUUAAUAUAGAAAUAAGAAAAGAAAACCAAUGAGUAUUGGGUGAUACAUUCACAGACACUGACUGUAUUUACAAAGGGAUAUUAUGGUUACAAAAAGUGUCACAAAAUGUACAUUUUAAUGGAAAAUUCAAUGUUCUCUCAGCCUUAGAAUAUUCAAGUCUGAGUUGAUGAACAGUAUGAUUCUUUAAAAUUUGCUUGUUAAAUGCAAAGAUACAGAAUAAAUGUCUGCAAGCUGAAAUUGCAUAUAGUUUUGUUUUUAGUUUUGUUAUGUGUUAAAUAUUUUUAUGCCUAAUUUUUGAAUGACUUUGAAAUACUUCUGAUAUUUGAAACAUUGUAAAAUGUUUCUCUUACAUAUUUAACAUAUGUUUGUUUAUUGAACAUUUACUUAAGUAUAAAUUGUAAUGUUACAUGAUUUUUGGAACAUUCAUGACUCUGUCAUACAAGAAUAAAACAUCUGCAUACUUCCAUGUUUUGA